AUGGAUGUUGAUAUGAUUAUUCGAAUGGGCUUCUUUAUCAAGGAUCUACAUUGUGAUAUUCAACGAUUACAUUCUGAACAAUUUGAUGAUCAUCAAUCAGGUACAACAUUUACAGUUUAUCGUGGACAAGGUCUUUCAAAAGAAGAUUUCACUGAAAUGACAAAAACAAAAGGUGGACUUGUUUCAUUUAAUAGUUUUUUAUCAACUAGUAAAAAUCGUAAUGUUUCUCUUGACUUUGCCCAACAAGCUGCUACAAAUGCUGAUCUUGUUGGAAUACUAUUUGUUAUGUCAAUUAAUCCUAUGAAUUCAACAGCUCCAUUUGCUUCUGUUAGUGAUGUUAGUUAUUUUCAUACAGAAGAUGAAGUUCUUUUCUCUAUGCAUACCAUUUUUCGCAUUGGAGAUAUUAAAUCAAUGGAUGGAAAUAAUCAGCUCUAUCAAGUGAAUUUAUCAUUGACCAAUGACAAUGAUCAAGAUCUUUGUGCUCUUACUGAUCAGAUUCGGGAAGAGACCUUUCCAAAUUCGAGAGGAUGGUACAGAUUAGGUCAAUUGCUAUUUAAAAUGGCUCAGUUUAAUAAGGCUCAAGAAGUGUAUGAAGUUUUACUUCUUCAGACAACAAAUGAGAGUGACAAGGCACCUAUUUAUAAUCAACUAGGUAUGAUCAAACGUAAUCAAAGAGAAUAUCCAGAAGCACUUACAUGUUAUAAAAAAUCACUUGCUAUCUAUCAGAAAACACUUCCUUCCAAUCAUCUUAGUUUGGCUAAUCCUUAUAACAACAUCGGUAUUGUGUUUAGAAACAUGGGUGAUUAUCCAAAGGCACUUUCGUCUUAUGAAAAAGCCCUUGCAAUUCGACAACAAUCACUUCCUUCCAAUCAUCCUGAUUUGGGUGCUUCCUAUAACAACAUCGGUUUUGUGUAUGAUAGCAUGGGUGAUUAUCCAAAAGCACUUUGUUAUUUCGAGAAAGAUCUUGCAAUUCUACAACAAUCACUUCCUUUCAAUCAUCCUGAUUUGGGUGAUUCCUGUAACAAAAUCGGUACAGUGUAUGAGAAUAUGAGCAACUAUGCAAAAGCUCAUUCGUUUUAUGAACUUGCUGUACAAAUUGGACAACAAUCAUUACCAGCAAAUCAUCCUCAUCUUCAGCGUUACAGAAAAAACCUCGAAUACAUGAAAAAGAAAUUAUAA